GAAAUAGUUCAUUCAAGCCUUGUGCUUGGCACGUCUGUGAUCGGAAAGGGAAUUUACUAACUUUUGUGUGAAUUGUUUGCUGUUUAACUUUUUUAAUCAUGCCAGUCCUACUGAAAGGUUCUGAUAAAAAUAUGUUUCCAGCUGUGGAUGUAGAAACACUAGUGAUUGAAGUAAGGGACCGAUUGUGUUUAAAGAAUCGGGAAAAGUUUUGCCCGAGUCGGCGAAGUGCCCCCUACCAUGUAAACAAACAUGUAGCUGUGUGUGAACAUUGCAGUAGGAAGCAUUAUUCUUCACCGGAAUCAUGCAUACAUCAGCGUCAUUGCAAACACAGGCCGAAUAGUUUGUGUGGAGCUUGUUCAUGUGCUCCAAAAUCAAGGAAACUAAGUGACAGUCCAGAUUUUGAAGACCCACAUAUUUUACUGGAAAAGCUUAUCGCCGAGCAGUCGCUUAUACAGGAAGCUGUUCGCCGUCUUCAGUCGCAAACAAAAACUACUCAACAAUCAGACAAGUUGUUUCAAUUUGUCGAUGAAGAUUCUUGUGAUCAAUUCAGCAACCAAACACCGUGUUAUUCAGAAUCCGAAGAUGAUUCAGUUUCACAGCACUCUGUGGACAUAUAAAUUUACAAACAUAAAUUAUACACUGACACACACUGCUGUUUUUGUUGACCCAUUUCUAAAGUGGGUCGCGUCAGCCAUUCGGAGCGACAAACUAGCUUAACUUAACAGGACUAGAAUGUUUACAGGAUAAAAUACGCAGCAACAUGACCUUGAUCGAUAUGUUUUCUAAGAUUACAGACUUUUCAAUUUCACUCACAGGAUGGGUUUAUUCUGAGUUUAGUUAUGGCCAUUGGAAUGGUUUCAACUGCACAGCAAUGCAUCAUGAUCAUCAUACUCUGUUUCAGACUCAGACCUUUCUGAAUUUGACAUACACACGAACAUUUGAGUGACCAUUGUCAUUGUGGAGUGUUGUUUAACAUCGAAGAGACAAAUGGUUUUACAGUUUUCUGGCUUUCUUGCCUACUUACCUCAUUCAGUCCUUAAACUUCUUCCUUUUAACAUAAUCCGACUCAAUGUAAUGUAAUGCUAAUUAAUUUUUACCUCUACUUUGAAGAAGAGAUUGUAAGUUAUUUAUUUCAUGUUUUAAACCACCGCCAACAGUUAAGUUUUGUUUACAAAAUUAUUUUCUUGUUUUAAAGUUAAUAAAUUUACUAUUACUAAGUUUAUUCAUCAUUACUUGUCAUACGUUACAUACUUUUUCCAUGUCUUUUCCCUGUUCAUAAAAUUAGUUUUGUCCUUCAGGGCGUGGCUUGAAUUUGAACCUUCAUUUAUUGGUCUAAAAUGGUUUAGUCAUAUGACUAUUUUUACAUUUUGAUAUUUUUAUAGUUAGUCCAAGAAUGUAUAAUAUGUUUUCAUGUUAGCUUUUUGUAACUUUGUAAGCCAGUUACAUAUGUUAAUAAAUCUGGCUCUGUUCCGUGAAGUAUAAAUCUUGGGAUGAAUGAUUCUAAUAUGCCAACUUAAAUUGAGUCAUAAAUCAAUAAAUAACAUAAUUUAUAUGCUCAGUGGGAUUGUUCAGUUGUAUGAGAAGUGGUUUGAUAACAGUAGGAGUGAAUAGUGAUGGUAUACUUUUCGUCACACACACACAAAAAUGUUGCUACAAAUAUCAUGCUUUGGGAAUCUCAUAUUUGUUUAUGUAAAUCUUAGGAUAUCAUAAUCAUGGUAUAGCAAUUUCAAACUUUUUUCAAAACAUUGUUUCCACUCUGUACAAAUGACAUAUGUACAUUAAUUUUGCCAACUAACACAAGGCAAAAUAUAGUGUAAUUUUUUUCAUUUUCUGAAACAAAGAAGAUUCAAAUAUUUCAAAUCAAUUCGUUUUGAACAUGAUGGUGCUAGGCAGCACACUAUGAUCUUGCAGCAUUUUUAAUGUACCGUACCUGUUUAAUUAUUCUUCACACUCUAUGUAUGUUCCAGUAUCUAGAUUUUUAAAAUUUAAGUUCCAUAUUAUUGUUGUGAUAUUUCACCCCUCUCGAGCUUUGUCCUUUUAUAAAUAUUUUGAGGCCAAUUAGUUAAUUAAUUAUGUGAAUGUUGAUAUCUGGUUGCAAACACAAUGCAUACAUUUCACUGUUAUUAUGAUUUGUUAUUGUGAGUACUUGAUGUGUUGUUUUAAUUUUUUUUUUAGAGAGUUGCGCAAAUGUAAAGGAAAGAUUAAAAACUGCUGUUUAUUUUACAA